AUGCUGCGGGUGCCGUAACCUCCAACCCAGAGAAGAAGCCAAUAGAGGGUGAGAGAGACCCGACUCGAAGGCGGACAAGAAGAACGCCGACCCCCGCCUCACUCAGAUGGUGGCGAACAGGGCUGGAGAUGGAUCGCGCGGCUCUGUGCAUUCAUUCCGUCCUCCCGACGGCGAUGCGCUUCGUCUCAUAUGCCCUGAUGCGAAUUCUUUGGCUACUUAAAGAUUGUAUCCCUUCGGAGAUAAUGGUUGUCUUUAGGUCUUGCCUUCUGUAAUCGCUGCUUCGAUCGCGCUUGUUGGGUGAUUCACCAUCGAUCCAAGAAGUCAUCCUGGGAGGAAUAGCAAUUGCAAGAAAGAUAUGGUGGAACAACCUCACCGCCCCCAAAAGAAGAAAAGAAAUUGCCAUCAUCGUCGCCUCUCUCUUCUAAUUCUUCUUCAUGUUGUAGGAAUCGAGGACGACAUCCAAGGAGCGUUGGGAAAUCAGUCACCCAAGAAAAGUCGAGGCCAAUUUGCCAGACCUUGCGGGCAUCAUCGUCGAGACUACAUCCACGGUUGAUGAUCCGCAAACGUGUACACAUUACGCGACUGAUAUCUAUGAUUACCUCAGAUCAUUGGAGGUUGUCCUUCCACAAGAGGAUUCUUGAAAGCAUGUCGGUUUCCUCGCAGUCCAGUUAGGCUAAUCAAAGUUAAUGUUGAACUCUUGUAGGAAGUUCAUUCUAUGUGGUCAAGAAGAUUGCGAAUUUUCAAGCCAGCUGUUAGAGUUUCUAGGAAGCUACCUCGGUGAGUUGAGUUUGAUAGACUAUGAUUUGCAGCUGAACGAGAAAGCAAUCCGAUGGAAGACUACCAGAAUACAAUACAAGCAGCCUCAGUUUACAUCGCUUGUUUCUUGCAAACUAGCCAGGUGGCAGUCAGUUGGGUUUGGCAUAUCUGAAGAAAUACCUAAGAUGCCUGCAGGGGGAGCCCAUACUGAAGCUGACGUGGCUCCAUCGUGGGAGAACCAGCAUCGGAAAGCUUUCUGACACGGACCGGUCAAGAAGAUGGCAAAGGGAAUCAAGAAACAAGAAAUAUAAGGAAAGGCAACACCAGAUCGCCGGUCCUCCAUCGUUGCGGGUUACAUCCAAGGAGCGCCGACAAUGGAUCAGUCCCCCAAGAAAGACGUGGCCAGGUCGCCCGACUCCCACGCCGCCUCUCAGGCAGGAGAUCUCCCCUCCACCACUGCGGGCCGCGUCCAAGGAGUGUCGGGGGAUCCGUCUCCCAAGAGAGACGUGGUCAUGUAGCAGGACGUCCGUGUUACGCCCCAGGCACCGAGUGCCACCCCGUCCAUCACUGUAGAGCACAUCCAAAGAGCGCCGGGGGUUCAGUCUCCCAAGAAAGAGGUGGCGAAGCCGGACCUCCCCGUCAUGUCGCAGGCAGGGACUGCCCCCUCCACUGCUGCCGACUGUAUCCAAGGAGCGUCGGGUAAUCAGUCCAGCCAUAAGAAAGAUGGCACCGGACCGCCGGACAUCCUCGGCACCUUCACUAGCGGAGCCUGCCCGCUCGAUCUCUGCGGAUUGCACCCAAGGAGCGUCGGGAGAUCAAUCUUCCACGAAAGACAAUUCCAGGCCGGCGGACCUCGCUGGCACCUCCCAGGCGGUGACAGCCCCCUCUACCUGUGCGGAUUGCACCCAAGGAGCGUCGGGAGAUCAGUCUUCCAAGAAAGCCGAUUCCAGGCCAUCGGAUCUCCCUGGCACCUCUCAGGCGGCGACUGCCCCCUCGACCUGUGCGGACUGCACCCAAGGAGCGUCGGGAGAUUAGGAUUCCAAGAAAGACGAUUUCAGGCCAUCGGAUCUCCCUGGCACCUCUCAGGCAGCGACUGCCCCCUCGACCUGUGCGGACUGAACCCAAGGAGAUUACGUAGAUGUUGAUGAUUCGCAGAUGUGCAUACCUUACGUGUCUGAUAUCUAUGGUUACCUCAGAUCAAGGGAGGUGAAGCUGAGGCCAUUAAUGAACUACUUGGAGGCAGUUCAGAUCGGAAUCACAGCCACGAUGAGGAACUACUUCCGUCUGCGCUCAGAUAUCCUUUGCCUUGCUGUCUCUUACGUUGAUAGAUCCCUUUCCUCAUUCACCGUUAUAGGACCUCGUCUUCAACUGCUUGGGGCUUCUGCCAUUUGCGUUGCAUGGAAUUACGCAGAGCAGAAAAACCCUGGGAUGAAACACAUGUGCCAUAUAGCUCAUGAUGUUUACCGGAAGGACGAAGUGUUGAACAUGGAGAUCAGCAUUCUAAGACAUAUGAGAUUUGAUAUGGGCAGUCCCACGGUCAAGACAUUUCUCGGAUGCCCUUUCUCGAGUCCUUGUAGUGUCAUGAGAUUUUGCGCAGCGUUAAGCGUCUGGGUGCAAUCUCUUUCCAAAUAGUUACAUUAUAGCUUC